AUGGGGUGCAACCUUCCUCUCAAUUGGAGACGCCCGGAUCCUCCGCAUCCCCAGCAAUGCCUUCGUCAUCAAAGGCCCAAGUCAAUGACGACUUUAAUAUUCCUUGACUUCGAGAUGUUGCGCGCAUGGCAUGAGGCGAAUGUCGCUGAUGACCAUUUAAAAGCUCAGUUUCGUCAAGCAUGCGAUAUCGCACUGGCGAAUGGUUUCGAUCUUCAGCUAAUCUACGAGGACCAAGAUCCGUCAUUCUUUAUCGAUCAAGGGAUCAUGGUGGGUAUUGCCCGUCAAUUCGUAAGAGAUGUGGUGAAAUGGGUCAGAAGUAUGAGGAAUAUUUCGCCGAUUGAGUGUAUAUAG